AUGGCUGUGGCUAGACCCAAUCUUCCUAUGCCAGAACCACCAUGCCCAGAAGACAACAGCCACGAAAGUGGUAGCCAAGAACAUCAUAGUCAUGAAAGUGGCAGUCAUGAACAUCAUAGCCAUGAAAGUGGCAGUCAUGAACAUCAUAGUCAUGAAAGUGGCAGUCAUGAACACAGCAUGGAAGUUCCUGAUGUACCUUGUAUGCCUGAACCUCCAGUAGUUGAGCCUCCAUGCUUGCCAGAACCACCAGUACCAGACUCUGUUCUUGAUGACAUUGAUAAUGAUGUUGUCACUGUAACUACUUACGAAUAUUCUGUACAUGAAAGUUAUGAAAUUGACGAUGGUGGUCAUGAAGUAGUAUCUGAAAGCAGUGCACACGAAAGCCAUGAUAUCAUUUCAAGUGGUCAAAGUGGCGGAAGUCAUGAUCAUUUAAGCCACAGUCAUGAAAGUCUUGGUCAGGAAAGCCACAGUCAUAGUAGUCACGAACAUGGAAGCCAAGAAGUUGAUGUUGGCGGUCACGGAAAUAAUGGCCAUCAUCAUGGAAGUCACGAGCAUGGAAGCCAUGAAGUCAACGGUGGCGGUCACGGAAAUAAUGGACAUGGUCAUGGAAGCCACGAAGUGAACGGUGGCGGUCACGGAAAUAAUGGUCAUGGUCAUGGAAGUCACGAACAUGGAAGCCAUGAAGUCAACGGUGGCGGUCACGGAAAUAAUGGACAUGGUCAUGGAAGCCACGAAGUGAACGGUGGCGGUCACGGAAAUAAUGGUCAUGGUCAUGGAAGUCACGAACAUGGAAGCCAUGAAGUCAACGGUGGCGGUCACGGAAAUAAUGGACAUGGUCAUGUAAGCCACGAAGUGAACGGUGGCGGUCACGGAAAUAAUGGUCAUGGUCAUGGAAGCUACAAACAUGGGAGCCAUGAAGUGAAUGGUGGCGGUCACGGAAAUAAUGGUCAUGGUCAUGGAAGCCACGAAGUGAACGGUAGCGUCACGGAAAUAACGGUCAUGGUCAUGGAAGCCACGAACAUGGAAGCCACGAACCAUGAAGUCAAUGGUGGCGGUCACGGAAAUAAUGGUCAUGGUCAUGGAAGUCACAAACAUGGAAGCCAUGAAGUGAACGGUGGCGGUCACGGAAAUAAUGGUCAUGGUCAUGGAAGUCACGAACAUGGAAGCCACGAAGUGAAUGGCGGCGGUCACGGAAAUAAUGGUCAUGGACAUGGAAGUCACGAACAUGGAAGCCAUGAAGUCAAUGGUGGCGGUCACGGAAUUAAUGGUCAUGGUCAUGGAAGUCACGAACAUGGAAGCCACGAAGUGAAUGGCGGCGGUCACGGAAAUAAUGGUCAUGGACAUGGAAGUCACGAACAUGGAAGCCAUGAAGUCAAUGGUGGCGGUCACGGAAAUAAUGGUCAUGGUCAUGGAAGUCACGAACAUGGAAGCCACGAAGUGAAUGGCGGCGGUCACGGAAAUAAUGGUCAUGGACAUGGAAGUCACGAACAUGGAAGCCACGAAGUGAAUGGCGGCGGUCACGGAAAUAAUGGUCAUGGACAUGGAAGUCACGAACAUGGAAGCCAUGAAGUGAACAGGGCGGUCACGGAAAUAGUGGUCAUGGUCAUGGAAGUCACGAACAUGGAAGCCAUGAAUCAUGAACAUGGAAGCCAUGAAGUCAAUGGUGGCGGUCACGGAAAUAACGGUCAUGAACAUGGAAGUCACGAACAUGGAAGCCACGAAGUGAAUGGCGGCGGUCACGGAAAUAAUGGUCAUGGACAUGGAAGUCACGAACAUGGAAGCCACGAAGUGAAUAUUGGCGGUCACGGGGAUAAUGGUCAUGGUCAUGGAAGUCACGAACAUGGAAGCCAUGAAGUGAGCGUGACGGUCACGGAAAUAAUGGUCAUGGUCAUGGAAGUCACGGACAUGGAAGCCAUGAAUCACGGACAUGGAAGCCAUAAAGUGAACGGUGGCGGUCACGGAAAUAAUGGUCAUGGUCAUGGAAGUCACGAACAUGGAAGCCAUGAAGUCAACGGUGGCAAUCACGGAAAUAAUGGUCAUGGUCAUGAAAGCCACGAACAUGGAAGCCAUGAAGUAAACGUUGGCGGUCACGGAAAUAAUGGCCAUGGGCAUGGAAGUCACGAACAUGAAACCUUGAAGUCAAUAGCGGCGGUCACGGAAAUAAUGGUCAUAGCCAUGGAAGUCACAAACAUGGAAGCCACGAAUUAUGAAUUAGAUGUUCAAGAACACGACAACAAGAAUGUGAACAUACAUAUGAAUGAUAAUAAUCAGAAAAAUAUGCAUGUCACUGAUAGUGACAUCUCAAGUGUAGAUAUUCACAAAACUGCUAGUGAAGGAAAAGAAAGCUCAAAUGUUUAUGAAAGCGACAGUUCCAGUUUAAAUGUUCAUGAAAGCGAAAGCUCAAGUGUUCAGCAAAGUGACAGUUCCACUCUAGGUGUACGGAUAAGCGAUAGCUCGAAUGUUUACGAAAGUGAAAGCUCAAGUUCAGAUGUUCAGGAAAACGAAAAAUCAGUCUACGAAAGUGAUAGCUCUAGAUUAUAUGCUAAGGAAGACGAAAGCUCAAAUGUUCACGAAAGUGAUAGCUCCAGCAUAGAUGUUCAAGACACCGUAAGCUCUAAUAUUCACGAAAAUGAAAGUUCUAGUUUAAAUAUUGAAGACAGCGAAAGUUUAGUUCAAGAGAGCGAUAGCUCCAAUUUAGGUGUUCCGAAAAGCGAGAGCUCAAAUGUUCACAAGAGUGAGAGCUCUAGUUUAAAUAUUCAGGAAAGCGAAGGGUCACCUAUUCAUGAAAGUGAUAGUUCUAGUUCAGAUAUUCAGGAAAGCUCUAAUGUCCACGAAAGUGAAAGCUCCAGUUUAAAUGUUCAGGAGCACGAAAGCUCUAGCUCAAAUGUUUAUAAAAGUGAGAGCUCCAGUUCAACUGUUCACAAAAGUGAAAGCUCAAGUUCGAAUAUUUAUGAACAUUCAAGUUAUGACAAAUCUAGUUACGAUCAUUCUAGCUAUGAUCAUGAAAGUUAUGAAGUAGAUUUUGAUGACUUAGACUCAGACAUCACCGGAAAUUUCGGUAUGCCAAUGCCUGAACCACCAUGUAUGCCAGAAAUGCCAGAAAUACCAGAACUGCCAGAACCACGUCUUCCUGAAAUGCCAGAACUCCCAGAACCAUGUCUACCUGAAAUGCCUGAGCUUCCUGAACUUCCAGAACCAUGCAUGCCAGAAAUUCCAGAACUUCCUGAACCAUGUCUACCAGAAGUCCCAGAACUUCCUGAACCAUGCAUGCCAGAAGUCCCAGAACUUCCCGAACCAUGUCUUCCUGAAGUCCCAGAACUUCCUGAACCAUGUCUACCUGAAGUUCCAGAAGUUCCUGAACUUCCAUGUCCUCCAGAAGUUCCUGAAUUACCUGAGCCAUGUGUACCAGAAGUUCCAGAAUUACCUGAACCAUGUGUACCAGAAGUUCCAGAAUUACCUGAGCCAUGUGUACCAGAAGUCCCAGAAGUUCCAGAAAUCCCAUGCCCAGAGCCUGUUCCAGAAUUGCCUUGUCCUUAA